CAAGCCGCACAGCUCGAUCUUCCGCGUUCGGUAUUCUUCGUUCACUAUGGUCUUGUUCGGGAUGAGAAUUCCUGCGACUUCACUGUUCCGUACCGGUGAUCAUAUUCUAACCGUUACCGGUUCGCCAAGUCAAAAACGCACCACCCCAGUUCAUAGGAAUGUUCUUAAUUGCUCACGUUAUGAAAGUCCAGACUAACGCAUCGUGGCAAUUUGCCACUGCCAUUCACACACACCACCCGAAACUUAAAAGGGAGAACUCUCAGGAAACACCUGUUCCACUCUUCCGCCACCCUCCAACAUGGAUGUAGAGAACAGCGGUGCUGUGUCUAUGCCCAGACGGGGAUAUAGUGAAGCAAUCCAUGGUGGGUCGGUGGGACCGCUUCAGACGUAAGGGGAAGAAAAAUGUAGGCGUCUUGGUGAGCGUCAAGAACAUCAUGACUUGUUCUUGGCUUAAUGUCUUGCUUCUCCUGACCCCGCUAGCAUGGUGGGCUCACUUCAGCGGGCGAUUACAUUAUUCAAUUGUUUUUUCUUUGUGCUUUCUCUCCAUCAUCCCGCAUGAAAAGCUGUUCGACUUCUAUGGUGAACAAAUGCACCUGUACCUUGGCAAGGACGUAGGGGACCUGCUAACCAUCACACUCAAUAAUGUUGUGGAAGCCACGCUUGCAAUCAUCUUGCUCACCAAGUGCAGGUUAAAAUUGCUGCAGUCGACCAUCACUGGUGUUGUUGUCCUACACCUUCUCCUUAUCCCUGGUGCCGCCUUUUUUACGGGCGGAGCGCAGAUUUGGGAACAGGAUUUACACCCUGCCCAUACUCAGCUCAACCAUAGUCUGCUAACUGUUGGCGUGCUAGCUCUUCUGCUCCCCGCUGUUCUCUAUGCUGGAGCAACGAGCGAUUCCGCUUCCAGCUCUACUCCAUCUUCUGAGGUAUUGCAAACAGACUUCUUGCAAAUGAGUCGAGGUCUUGCUGUGAUUCUUCUCUUAAUCUAUAUCGCAUCCCGCAUAUACUACCACAAUCCUCCCGGAAAGGGCCAUAACAUGCUUAGCCACCCCGAUGCACCAGAAGAACUCAGGAAUACGGAAGAUAAACUGGCAAGCACGGAACCUGAAGUCAACCAAUGGGUUUGUCUUGCCUUUCUCGUCGCCAACGUCGGAGUCAUGGCUGCCACUGCAGAGUGGCUUUUGGACAGUAUUGACCCUGUGGUGGAGGCUACAAUCAUGACCCAAGAAUGGUCGGGGAUAGUUCUUCUCCCGAUAGUAUCAUUUUCGGCAGAUGGGGCCAUUGCUGUUGGGUACUUCAUACACCGCAACCUGAGCCGCUUGCUGAAGUUCAGGACGCCUGAUCCACCAACCACCCUGGCCAAGGCUGAGGCCAUCGAUUUGAGCAUCCAAUUCUUACUAUUCUGGACUCCGGUCGUGACUUUGUUGGGCUGGUGGACGGGUAAACCUUUCAACCUCUUAUUUGACUGGUUUGAAGUAGCUUUACUGAUUGGCGCAUGUUUCUUGGUCAACUAUGUAACGCAAGAUGCCAAAACAAACUGGAUAGAGGGCUUUGCAUUGUUGUGCUUCUACACCAUGAUAGUGCUCUGUACCUGGUUCUACAGUGGCCAACCUGCCAUCGCUAGCCUGCUUCUGUGUCCUGGCGAAACUGUGGAGGAAUAGUGCCGACCUCAGCGUCAGGAUUAAACUACCUCUUGAAUGUAUAUACCAUAAUGAUACGCUGAUAUCCUCU